AUGCAAGACACGGUUUUGGACGGUAGUGACUCACAAUUUGUCAUAGAAACAUCGAAGACUGAUGAUGAGGCAAUUAAAGGAAUUAAACCUGAACGUGAAGAUGCGGAAUCUUCUGCAAGUAUGAUAUUUAAUGAACAAUUAAAGCAUAUCGAUGAAGAAAUCAAGGCUGUGCGAGAAGGCACACAUCCUGAAUUCGAGGAACGUUUGCAGCAAAUUAUUGAUAAGCGAGAACAAAUGCUCGAACAACAUGCGUUGGCAUUAAAUUAUCAACGUCAGUGUAUACAGAAAGAGUAUGAAGCUGAAACACUUCGCCUUGAAGAAUCUUAUCAAGCGCAACGUCAAGCAGUCAAUGACAGAUUAAUUGCAGAAGUCGAAGAAAGGAAAAGAAAACUCUCAGAAGAUUAUGAAAAUGUUGCUAUGGACGGUACUAUGAGGACCCAUACACAACGAAGAUUACGUACUAGGACAACACAAGAGGUUGAAGUUAAAGUAAAAAAACAAAAAAUGCCUGGUAAAGACUGA